AUGGACUGGCAGCUCUCAACUUACAUCACACAGCUCAACGACGACCCCAACUUCACCCUCACCCACAACCCGCUCGACGUCUGCCAACUCGAUCAACACGACCUGCACAACGCCCUCAACAACCUCGUCGACACACUCACGACCGAGCCAGCCGCAGUCGCAGACCCAGACACCUUUGACCAGCUCGCGUCCUUUCUCCAACAUGCGGACGCGCUGAGCGGGCAGGCGCUGAGCAAGUUGUUCGACGCGAUUACUUCCAGUUUCUCCUCCCUCCUCGACUCCCUCCGCGCCGUCGACUCCCCAACCGACCACUCCUCCUACCGCUCGUUCAAAGACCCGCUCGAGAUCUAUGCGUUCUUCGUCAUGUGGUGCGUGAGGGUCGGGGAGAAGAUUGGAGCGAAGGCGGGUGAGGCAGAGGGCGGGAGGGGAAAGAAACCCGCCGCCUCGAAGUCCAAGUCCAAAACCAAGUCCUCCGCGAAAGACGCCACCUUCUCCUGGCCGUCCCAGAUCCCCGACAUCCUCGGCGUGAUGGUCAAAGCCCUUCGGACGAUCAAGACGGAGCGGAUCUGGGUGACGACGGCCGAGCGGGACGAGGUCGUUGCGAGCUGCUUCCUCCGCCCUUUGAACGUCCUGUGCGAACACGAAUCCUACCUCAAGCAACCCGAGAUCAAAGCAGGCAUCUUCCGCAUCCUCUGCCUCGCAGCGAAGAACCACGGUCAGGCAUUCAACGUCCAGAUGACGAUCAUGCAGAACCUCCAGUAUACGGAACACCUUGCUGAGCCGAUGGCGGAACUCGUGACGGUCUACGCGAAAGAGUUCGACUCCGAAGGGCUGGGGGAGAAAGUGCUUGGGGAGAUCGCCGAUCGCCAGUUCUCGGCGCAAGACACGAAAGGACCUCGCUCGUUCUCGAGGUUCUUGAUCCGACUUGCGGAGACAAGUCCGAGGACGGUGUUGAAGCAGAUUGUGUUGCUUCAGAAGCAUCUGGACUCGGAGUCCUACCCGAUGCGCAACGCGAUCCUCGAAGUUCUCGGCCUGCUCAUCCGCGAGUUGGCCCUCACCGAACCGGGCGCGCUCUCGCUCGACCCAGCGAAACACACCCGCCUCCUCUCGUCCUUCUUCGACCUCCUCACCGAGCGCCUGAUGGACCUCAACUCGUACGUCCGCGCCAAGACCGCCUCUGUCCUCCUCAAGACCUGCGACUUGCCCCCCUCGCGCUUCCCCGCCCAACGACUCGAGAUCGCGCGACUUGCAGCAAGGAGCCUGUACGACAAAGCCUCGACCGUGCGGAAGAAUUGUCUGGCCCUCCUCGUCAAGCUCGUCGUGACGCAUCCGUAUGGAUUGCAUGGAGGCGAGUUGGGCAGGGAGAUGUGGGAGGAGAGGUUGGACAAGUUGGAGAACGAGUUGAAGGUGUUGGAUUUGCCGGAUGAGGCGGAGAGGGAGGCGAGGAGGUUGAUGGAGGAUGUUGCUGAGGAGGAGGAGGGUGAGGGCGAAGAGGGCGCGGUCAAGCAGGAGGAGGGCGAGGAGGCGGAAGAGGAGGACGACGACGACGAGUCGGACGCCGAGGGCACGCCGAAGAAGCGUAAACCGCUAAAGGGCAAGGGCAAGGGGCGCGCGUCCGCUCCUCGUCGCUCGGAGCUCGACCUCGCUGCCGCCGACCAAUCUGCCGUGCUCUCGCAAGUCGACUCUGCGACUCUCCAGCGCCUGCGCCUCACAAAGGCCUACUACACCGACGCCCUCUCGUUCAUCGAGACGCUCGAAGGCGCUCUCGAGACCGUUACUGAGCUGCUCGCAUCGAGCGUGAAGGGCGAGGUCCUCGAGGCGAUCGAGUUCUGCAAGACGUGCAAGGAGUACAAAGUCGAGGCUGCCGAGCAAGGAGUCCGGCGCAUGCUCCACCUCAUUUGGAGCAAGGACGAGGCCGGCACGGCUGGCGCUGCUGCGACGGGCGCGGCGAACCAGGGUGGAGGCGAAGGCGACGAGGACGCGGUCAAGGAGGCCAAGGGCAUCAGGAGCCGCCUCAUCGAGUGCUACUCGCAGCUCUACUUUGAGCCGCCGCAGGACGUCAGCGAGAAGGACCAGGUCGCGUUCGUCGCGAGGAAUGUCAUCGAGCUCACGCGCGACGCGACUCUCGCAGAGCUGACCUCGCUCGAGCAGCUUCUCGCCGUCAUGAUGGCCAAGGGCGUCGUCGACGACCAGGUCAUCACCAAGCUCUGGCAGGUCUACAGCACCUCGAAGGACAUCCCCAAGUUUCAGCGUCGCGGCGCCAUCAUCGUGCUCGGCAUGUUCGCCCAGACCAAACCCGAAGUCGUCGCCGACCACGUCGACACGCUCCUCAAGAUUGGACUUGGACCGCACGGCAAGCAGGACCUCGUGCUCGCCAAGUAUACAUGCGUCGCGCUCGGAAGAGUCGGAGGGAGCGUCAAGAAGGUCAAGGGCUCCCUCAACGACGCCCAGGUCCGCCUCCCGAUGGACAGCCCAGUCUUCGCUUGCCUCGCCGAAGCGAUCCAGACGCCUUCCUCGUCGAAGGAGUGGUUCAGUAUGGCCGAGCAGGCCGUCAACACAAUCUACAACCUCGGCGACCAGCCCGACGCGCUUUGCUCUGAGAUCCUGCGGCAAAUGACGGUCAGGGUGUUUGGUCCGCGCGCUCAGACGGAGGAUAAGGGCAAGGCGAAGGAGCAGGUUGGCGAGGAGGUUGAUGGCGAUGCCGAGAUGGUUGAAGAUGAGGUGAGGGAGGCGGGCGAGGAUGCUGCGGCCGACGCGAUGGACGAGGACGACGGUGCCGCCGGGCCUCAAGACCCGUUGACCGGCAACGCUUUCGACCUUUCGCAACUUGUCUUCGUCGCCGGUCACUGUGCCAUCAAGCAGCUCGUCCACCUCGAGCUCGUCGAACGCGACCUCAAGCGCCGCAAGGCCGAAGAGGACAAGGCGAAAGGCGGCAAGAAGGCGGCCGACGACGAGCUCGACCAGGUCGCCGGCUCUGUCGAAGACGAGAUUGGAGACGUCAUCGCCGCUGCGAAGGAGAAGGAGCUGCUCUACGGGCCCGAGAGUCUGCUCGCCGUCUUUGGCCCGAUGGCGGCGACCAUCGUCGCCCAGCCGAAGAUCUACAAGAACUCGAUGCUCCAGACCGCCGCGACUCUCGCCCUCAGCAAGUUCAUGUGUGUCAGCUCAGAGUUCUGCGCCGCACACCUCAUGCUCCUCUUCAAGGUGCUUGAGACGUCGAAGGAGCCGGCCGUUCGGAGCAACAUCGUCAUUGCGCUCGGCGACAUCGCAGUCUGCUUCUCGACGAUCAUGGACGAGAACUCGGAUCGCCUGUACGCCGGCCUGCACGACAAGGACCCGACCGUCAAGAAGAACACGCUCAUGGUGCUCACGCACUUGAUCCUCAACGGCAUGAUCAAGGUCAAGGGACAGCUCGGCGAAAUGGCCAAGUGCCUUUCCGACGACGACAAGCGGAUCAAGGACCUUGCCCACCUGUUCUUCGAGGAGCUGGCGACAAAGGACAAGGCGAUUUACAACAACUUGCCCGACAUCAUCUCGCACCUCUCGACCGGCGCCAACCCCGUCUCCGAGGAUACCUUCCAGACCUCCAUGCGCUUCAUCUUCAAGUUUAAGAAGGAGGCCGAGUCCGUCGUCGAGAAGCUGUGCCAGCGUUUCCAGGCAACGACCGAGCCGCGACAGUGGCGCGACAUCGCCUUCUGCCUCUCUCUCCUCCCCUUCAACUCGGACCUCGCCGUCAAGAAGCUCACGGAGGGCCUGCCGUUCUACCAGGACAAGCUGCACGAGGAAACGGUCUUCAAGCGCUUCGGCGAGAUCUUGGCCAAGAUCCGCGCGCCAACGAACAAGCUCAACAAGACCGAGUCGGAUCUCAAGGAAUUCGAGGACGCCCUCGAAGCUCACCGCGCCAAGGGCGCUGAGGACCAGGACUUGACGAAGAAGGUCGCGAAGAGCCGGCGACGAGGUGCGGCCGCUCCCAAGGCUGCUGCUGCUGCUCCUGCGCGACGAACGGCAAGGCGCGCCAAGGCAAGGAGCGAGACGCCGCCCAGCUCGCCCGAGCGGUGA